AUGGUGCACGAUCGAGGUGGGAAUGCAAAAGCUAAAAAUAAGAAGAAGAACGGCGAAGUUCGAAGAUCCAGGUUAAGUAUGUUCGAUUCGGUAAGAUCGUCGUCGAGCGCUGUUCUGUCGCAGAGUUCUUCAGGUGGAGAUGACACAGGUUAGAUUGCUGUUUCCUUUAUUAGCGGACUUUUGUGGUUAAUGUUAAAGUGAAGUCAUUUGUUCCAAACAAAGGUGAGCUUUCUGAGGUAUUCUGCUGGAGCAAACACGCGAUUAGAUUGUAGACCAUGUGAAACAAGCAAAAUAUAUUUAAAGCGCGCUUUUAGCGUAACUCCUGCGAUCUUUACGCAACUUUUUUUUUUCUAAAUGAAAACAUUUUGUGACCGUAGAAUUUGAUGUCGACGAAGAACUACCCGACGAUGAAGAAAUCGAAAGAAGAUUUUCGACGUUAUUGGUAAGUUGGAAUUCAACUUAAUUCCAAAGUAUUCGAGAGUUUCGAUAGGUUAUAUUUGUGCGGUGCACGAAAGGUAAACAACUGCUGAUUACUUUGUCAACUUUUUAAUGCUUUGCCCUGUCCUUCUUGUAGGAAAAGAUGACAUUACCUCCAGAAAGAGCUGCGGAGCUCGCUAAAAGUCCGAAGGCUCACAAAUGGAAAAUGAUCAAAGCAAAGGUAUCCAGAUUUUUCCUUCUUAUUUAAUGUUCCGAUGGCAACACAAUAUUUGAUCACUUAGCGAGUCAGACUCAAGCGUUUUAAAUUAGUUCAGAAGGUUAAAAUUUGAACCCAGUUUUGAAAACUUACGGGAAUAUGUGUUUGAUAUUGCCUGUAAAAAGGCUUGGUAAAAUUAUUUUGAAAAGUCUUUAUUUUAUGUCUGGGACGCCUAACAUGGCAUCCAUAACACGUACGUCAGUCGAAAGUGACAUAUUAUCGAUGUUGGUAUUAAACUUUAAUUAAUCCUUUUGUCGCUACAGAGAAUAAAACUACAAUAGGAUCUGAUUGCUUGGAUUAUAGUCGUGGCUUUUCCCACGGUUUCCCCGUCAUUUAUUUUACUUUGAAUGCUGAGAAACUGGGGUAUAAAUUGAUAUCUUUGCGCCGUGCAAUAAAUGUCAUCGGAAACCAGUAAAAAAUUUUAUUGUUUGACUUUGCUAUAAAUAUCCUGCGGUUAAUAUUGAAAGAGAGUCUAAUUGGGAAGUUUGCAGGUGGCACAGAAUAAAAUUCGUGUUUUAUAGCAAAAAAGGGUUGCAACGAAGUUCCUAGCUCGUUUGGUCGCUAAUACUGUAAGUUUUCGAAAUACUUUGAGCUUCUGAUCUUUCUUUUGUGACUCCUAAGUGUACUUAAAUGAAACAUUGUAAUUAAUUAAUGCAGAACCUUAGUAACAACUAAAACUGUUGGCUUUCAGUUGAUGACGAGGAAUAUUUGAAAGGUCUGUCAAAAAGUUAAGGAACAAAAGUUUUUCAUCUGAGUCAUUCUAAUGUUAUAAAGAAAAAGCAAGCUGCUAAUUAUUUGCUGUAAAUUUACAAAAGAGAAAAAUUCUAUUCCCAAUGUAUUUUAGAUGAAGUGCCUAAUUUUUUGAACAUCAUUUUACAUACUUUACCAAUCUUUUCAAAUUGUUGAAGCUUAUUUGUACACACUUGCUGGUAAUUUGAUCUUCAGAUAAAAUCUGCCAUUUUCUAAGACAAAAUACUUUUUCAGGAAAGUAUACACCUGUAACUACAAAUGUUAAAUACUCCUUUAAAAAAAAAUUGUGCUCAGAGAUUAAUGAUUUAACUUAAAACAUGCAUAUGGGUACUGUAGAGUGGUAUGAGCUAUGAACACCUGCCAGAGCACCACAUGUUAUCCAGUAUUAGACCUGUCAUGCAUGUUUUGUUGUAACUUCUAGACUCCCUGAUCUAGAGGGGUAUUUACAGGGCUGUUAAAACCCUGAUGGAGCAAAGGACAAAUAUGUAUCUACCUUGUCAGUACCUCAUUUAAGAUAGAGGAUAAAUUUUCAUUAAUCUUUUUUUUCCCUGAUUUUAAAACUCCAACUUAAGUAAGAUUUAUAUAUGUAUACCUUAGCUGUGCAGAAGAGAGUGGCAGUCAAUGCCAUAAACCUAUUCCUCAGUGGCACACCACCAAACUGGCCAUACUUGAUGAGAAAGUGUUAUUAUUUUUUUUAUGAAACAAAGGAAAGAGCUCUGAUAAUAUAUUGAACGUAUGUAAGCUCAGUUUCAUUAAAAAACAUAAGCUCUACAUAAUGAAAACAUGCAGCUCACUGCGUGGCCACCAACUUGGCAACUCAAGUUGCUAAUUAAUUUCUCUCCCAAAUUUUUUCCACAAUAACCUUGUCAACUGAAAGAGUGAUAAUAUGACUUGCUGAAAAUAUCUUUGUUUAGAAGCAGAGCUCUCAAGUUUAUUUUCUGGCAAAGAGUGAGAUUUUUAUUGUAUACUUUGAUUGAUUGAUUGCCACAGCAGGUAUCACCUUCCUGGUUGUUAUGGGGGCAUGCUCCCUAGAAAAUUGUAAAAACUAUAGUAGCUCAGACAUGCAUUUCUUUGUUCUGAACAAUAAAUUCCAUUGGUGGAAAGUGCUUAAAACAAAUACAAGGGACACAAGAGUAGAUAAUAUUCAAAUAGUACUUACUGAACUGAAGCAGAAUUUUGCUACCUCAAAAUCAAUAGUUAAAAUCAGAAACCAAAAUGUGCAAGAAAUAAUAUUGAAGAUUGACCUCAUUUGUGGGAGACUUGAGAGCUCUGUAUAAAAGGUAUCUGUAACCUUAUAUUUAUUCAAGUGAAUGAUACAAACUGUUCAAUAUAUUUUUCCUGUGCCAUUGAGGUUCAAUAUGAUUAACCACAGAUAUGAAUUUAUCCUGUUUUUUAUAGGAAUUAAUGCAGCCCAAGUAUACUUCAGGAUUUUAUAUUGAUCAGUUAAAAUCCCACAGGGAUAUAGCACUCAAUAAAACACUGAACAAGAAACUCCUGAAGGGUUUGGAGCCUGUAGAAAUGGUGCUAAGAUCCCUGGAAGUGGACCUCCGCACCCAUCCAAACACAACGUAAGCAAUUUUGUAAUGAAAUAGAAGUUGUACAAGCCACAAUUUUUUUAUUGUUGAUGGAGAUUAAUAUACAUGAAAGGAACAUAAGAUAUUGGAUGUGCGACCAGAAUGGCUUCAAAUUAUUAAAACUUUUCAUUCACAUAUUUGAUGUCAUCUACUGUAAUAACUACACAUUAGACUUCCUAUGAAAAAUCUGACUGGUUGAGAGUAUUCAGUAAAUAUGUAAUAAUUUUUUAAUUUGACAUGACAAAUGUUAUAUCUGGAGCAGAUAUUGCAUUAUCAUAUCAAGUUCAAAGCCUGCAUAGUUUCCAAGCCCUCUGUAUGUGUAGCGUUCUCAAACUUUUAAUUAGAGUCUUCUUAAAUUGCCGAUUGUUUAAAAAGUGUAUGAUAAAAAAUUAUUCAGUUUGGCUUUUACUGAUACAAUGAAUUAUCAAACCUCAUGUCAAGUUAUCUCCCUCAGCCUUUGAUUUCUGCAGAUCACUCAGACCUCAGUUUUGUUAAUUCAUGAUGUGAUAUGCAAUUUCAUCCAAUAAUUCUUAAUAUUGAGGUACAAUAGCUAGUUAUGAAAUGCCCUCUUUUUCAGGCUGGAUAAUAAUAAAUUCAGCAGGGACACUUGCCCCCACUACACUCUUCAUUUACUUUUAUAAUCUAUUUGAUUUGAUUUCUUUCUUCCAGAUGGCUGCGUGAAUUUAUCGAUGAUCCAUUCAGGGGUCACAUUGCAUUGAUUGAAUUCCUCCAGUACCUUCACUUAAAUCAACCACCAGCAGAAGAUGAAGAUGUACCAAAGAGGAAGGGAAAACCAGAUGUUUUGGCUAGAGACUAUGUAAGUGUAAAAUGUUUUCUAAGAUGUAGUUUAGUUUUGAAUUGUCAUUGCUCUUGUUAGAUAAUAAAGGACCAUCAGUAGUGAGUUAGUCAAUGAUUUAUUAAUGAUGGGUAUGGCAUUUAUUAUUGCAGUAAGUUGUUUUUUGAUGUGAGGGAAGUUAGUGCAAAGUGUUGCUUGAUUUUGUAAUCACUCUUCUUCUCAUUGUUUCAUUCAUUCAUUCAUUCAUUCAUUUCCUUGUCUCUUAUUUACUCAUUUAUUCAUUAAACUCUACACCUUACAGAAAAGUCUAAUGUUUUGCUUCCUUUCAGAUCGAUGAACAUCUCUGUCUGAUGUGUAUGAGAGUUUUGAUGAGAAACAAGGUAUGUCCAAAAUGUUAUGGAACUUUCUACUUUUCUGCAAAGUGCAAUCCCUCCACAAAUUAGUCAGGCUUGGUAGUUUUAAUAUAAUUGAGCCAUUGUAUUAUACCAUGACACAUAUUAGCUUUGUAACUCAAACUUUCAAAAGUUUUCAUAGGUUUUUAUCAAUGGUGUUACUAUUUUCACUGAUUGGUCAAAAUCUUUCUCUUGAGUUUUAUGAGUUGUACUUCUAAACCCAUGGCAAUUUUUUUGAAGGGAAUAUAUUAGGGUAAAUUUCUGUUAGAUUACUCUUGGUGUUAGAUUCCACUUGGAAUGUGGGAGGAAAGUUUUAAAGUUUGUAAACCACCUGCCUUUGCAUUGUCAUUUAACAAACUUUCCCAAUUGUAUUUUUUUGACAUUCCAUGUGGAUUAUUACCAAUACAAAGUUAAAUUAAUUUUAUUGGUUGAUUCACCAUUAUUGCCUGACUCCUGAAUAUUUUAUUUUAAUAACAUUUGAUUUUCUUUUUGCAGUAUGGCUUUCAGUCAGUGAUGAGUGUGGAUGAUUGCCUAAAAUCUAUCAUCCUCUGUUUAAAUAUAAAAAGUUUAAAAACCCAGGCACUGGUUGUGAAGGUAUGGAACUACACAUUUUGCGCCCAUUUAUUUAACAACAUAAUAGUUUGGAUGCCAUCAGUUUAACGGUUUCUGCAAAUAUAUUUUUUGUAUGGAAUUUUGCCCUUUCAAUGUGAAACCUAUGCACAUUCCCCAAGAUACUAAAGUUUUAUAGUUACGCUAUCUGAUUAAAUACUUUUCUUCACGUUAAAGCUACUAUGUAAUCUGAGACCAACAAUGUACAUUGUAUUUUUCAAAAUAAUCAUUUUAGCGCCAAUUUGCGCGCGCUAUAAUGUAAAACUUGUAUGCCCCCCCAAUAAAUUUGAUGACGAUGAUGAUGGUGACAAUAAUGAUGAUAAAAAAUAGCAAGUAAGCAAAUAUACUAGGAAAACUAAAAAAACUUGUGCCAAAAAGUAAUGCAGGCUCUGACAGUUAGAGGAAAUCAGAGCUUUUUUAAUCAUCCCUUUUAGUAACUUGACGAGCUUAGAUUACUGUCCAUAAUGAUUAUGUUGACAAUCUUUUUCUCCUUCCAGAUGUUAACACAAGCUUGUAUGCAGUCAGAAUACUAUGAAAAAGUUAUUGAUGCAAUCAGGUUUUAUGCAAGAACAACGCGAGAGACGCGCACAUUUGAAACACUGGUGAACUUGAUUUACAAGAGGCCCAUAACACCACAGUUCCAGGUACAAAAUGGCAAAAGUGAUAUGCUGAUGUAUAUGUAUUAAAUGUAGCUAAGCUCAGUUAAACCUUUCCUCAGUUGUGGGAUAGACGUGGUUUUGGAGAUGACGUUUAUGGUGCAUUUCGAUUGAUAGUCGGAAAACCAAAUCCAAAGUAAUAUCUUAUCACAACAGCCAAUGAGAAGAAAAGAAACAAUCACUAGGAGCCAAUGAGACCAUAGAAUGAAAACAAGUAAACUGGCUGGCCCUGAUUGUUUAAAGACUGAAGAACGCUAUUCACUGGAUAGAUCUCUUUCUGCGUUUUGUGAACUCUGAUCCGCUGGAGAGCGAUUUUAUCUGUUGGAUAGCGUUAUCCGCCCUUGAACAACAGGGCUCCGGAUUGUGGGAAAAACACCGAAAUCUUUAAUCACUAUCGACCCACAGUAUCGAAAACUUCUCCAUUUUGUGAACCUUCAUUCUUGUGAAUUCUACGCCACGUAAAGCGCGUCGAUGUUGGGGCAGAUUUUGCGCAGAAUGUUUUAAUUUCGGCAACAAAGCAUUCACUCUGAGCACUGUUUACGUGAAUAAAAUGACUGUGCUAUAUUUUACUCAGUUUAGCAGCAAUAGGAAGGUGUAAGAGCACAAAAGAUAGUAAAAAGACAGUACAUUCAUGUGUAAGCUAUAUUAUGCUAAAUAAGAUGUUAUGAUUAUUUCUUUCAGACACUCUGUCUGAAUUUUUUCAACUCGUUGAUCGGUAUCUCGCCAACAUUCAACAAGAAAGUUUAUCACCAACAAGAAAUCGAAGAUGCAGGAUUUGAUGUGGAGCGUUUGGAAAGGGUACUGUUUCAUUUACACUUUCACUCCUGCUGUCAAAGUACACUGCUGUUAUAGUGAACGUAUUUAUGCUUUUUUCACAGGGAUUGGAAGGUAUGGAUGCUUCAUCUGUAAGAGAAGCGAUUAAAACCUGGCAGGACAACUACAUUCACGUACAAGCUGUCAUGGACGAGUUUGUGACUCUCAGAGAGCGUACUAAGUACCUAAGAGACGAGGUAGGAAAUUGCACAAGACGUAGUGUAAUUACUAACGAUUCUUUACAACUGAAUAAAGUACGAAAAUAGUUUGAUUCUGUAGGGCCAUAACUUCCCUAAAAUGUACACGGUUAUACCUUUUUAAGUCUCUGGCAACGUGUUAAGAGGUAGCAAACCUGUAACUGAAUUUUACACGAUUCCUUCAAUCGGUCAUCGAAGGGAAAGCUUUUCUCCAGGCGCUCAAAUGUUUUAAUUAGCUUUUAACUGACCUUCUGCCUUAAUUUGCGCUAACUGCGUCCGAAUAGUUUCUCAAUGCCAAAAAAUCCCUGUAUAAUCUAUUUGGUGAUGAAAGGGCUCAAAUUUUCAGUUCCUAAGCGAUCAAAAAAUGACCACACCUAUGAUCAACCCACAUCCAUGCAAUCUCACGCGAAUGGAAUCAAUGGAUUUCUUAAUUUUCGUUUUCGUGAAGCUCUUGAAAGAGACUCUGGAAAUUUUCUUCUGUUUCCGCUGUUCCUUCUACAAUGUGAUGCAAAAAUUAUCAGUUUUACAGCAUUACUUAAAAUACAUUCGAUUACAAGGGUUUCGAUAAAGCGCGAAACCAAGCAGAGCGCAGGCUCAACAGAUGACAGUGAGAGGUCUUUUAACUGGCUAUUAUGGAAACCCCUAAAUGAGCUCUUUAAUUCCUGGUGGGCAUUUAGUUAUGUUUUCUUUGUUUUCUCACAGGUCGAUCUUUUGCAAACUAAACUUGAGGUAAGAGGCCUGGGAAUUUCUUCAUUCGUAUAACGUCUGAUCAAUAGCUCUGAUUAUUUCAAGGAGGGACAACUUGAAAACAGUUUUCUAUAAAUCAAAACAGUGGCUAAAGAAGGCUUUGUAUUGCUUAUUUGAUGUUUUACAGGAAUUUCAAAGGGAAAACAGUGAACUGAAAACACGAAACACAGAGGUAAGAGGUGUUUUUUUUUAAUCACGGGACGUUACCUAUACAUCGUUUACUCACUGCUGUCAAUGAAUCGAAGUAAGUAGACGAAAUGGCGCACUGAAUUAACACCAGAACACGUUAACCGUUAAUUGAACUGCGGAGAUACUUCGAGCACCUUGAUUGGUCAAAAACCUAUCGUUCAUUGGACCAGUAAACGCAUAGAAAAUCACGAGCCAGAACCGAGUGAUCUACAAACUUUCUCGUGUUCUCUCAACAUCCCAAAAAGGUUGAUAAGUCGGUAAACUGAAAGAAAGUGCUGUCUAUUGCUUAAGUAACCAUAUAAAAGUACAGUGUAGCUCUUGGUCACCAAAACACUUCAACAGUCGGCUUUUAGCUUGAACUUAGCUUACAACACUACUGACAUCAGAAAAUCUUUUUCUUCUUCUAUUAGAAUGGAUAACCAUUUAUAACGGAGCGUGUGUAUAUCUCUAUCAUAGUUUAUUCUGAUCUUACUUUUACCUUAGGAUUUGUUUCGAAAUUUUUUACCGGAGAUUUAUUAUAAACUUAUUCAAUCUUUUUAAACGGUUCUUUUUUUAACGUUUUUUUUAGCUCGAUAUGCGAUCUGAAGAAUACAGACUGCGAGCUACAGAACUACAAACGACCCUGGAGAACGUUGUGGUUAGUGAUUUGUAUUUUCUUCUUGGCAGUUAAAACGCGUGAAUAUAAAAAAUAAAGAACGCCCUCAUAGUACAACGUUUAGUUGUGCAGUUAUUGCUAACACCUAGAUAUAACAAAAUUAGUAUUUGCUAUCCCUUUAAACCUGGCAUUUAGGAUACAUCGAGAAACUUUUAUUCACAGUGAAGAAUGUAAUCUUACACAUGUAACUGUCUCAAGCAGAAACUCUAAUCUCCUCUUAAUACAGGUUUUAUAUUUGAAAAGCGUCCCGGCCAAUAUUGGCGUCAACCUUUGGUCGAUAGAGGUGUCCGCCGACUACAUUUAUUUGCAGUAAAUAUGGGAGGAAAAUUUGAGGACUUGGGCAGGACUCUGCUCAGUUUAGGAUUUCCCCUUUAUGUGGCUUGUCAGCUCAGUAUGUUGUCCGCUAAACACAGGGUCUUCUUAUUCAUAUUAAUUUUCAGAAACAAGUCAAGCACGAGGCUGACCAAGUUGAAUUGCCGAAUGAACUCGUUACCAGUGUAGCCGAGGCAGCUGCAGCAGUGGCCCCACCUAUUAGCCCUCCACCACCGCCACCACCCCCUCCCCCACCAGUUCCGAAUGGUAGGUUCUCUAUGUUUAAUAUUAGCAAAGUUAUUGGUUUUCUGCGUCGGAGAGGGAGCGAAACACUUUUUUCGAUUGUAGACUUGAAGUUGUCAAAGAUAGACCAUCACAGCAAAUUUUGCUAAGAUGACGUUCAUUGGAGCAAAGUUGUUUAUUUACCUUCGAAAAGCGGCUUAUGCUCGAAGCUUCAGCAUUUAAUUUCCGGUUUGUUACGGAGGUCUGCUGAAAAAGCUAAUGACCAGCUAUGUGUUAACAGGUGGAAUGUGCAGACUUCUCUGCACUGAAAUAUGUUGGUAGGUGUCUGUGCAAGGAGGCACUCAUCAUGGUGUAAAUGUUACUGUGAAUAGUAAGGCUGUGACUAAUCAAACAACAUUUGUUUUGUUUCAUCGCAGGAAUGCUGGUGCCUCCCCCACCCCCUCCCCCUGAUAUAGGUAAGUGAAGGCAAGAAUGGGGACCUUUAGCUCGCUUCCUCUGAAUAAAAGAAAAGAUCAAGAGUUUAAUCGUAAAUAUAUUGUAAAGUUUCGCUGUCAGUAUAGGUAUGUUUUUCCCAUCAGUUGUGAUGGGAAAAUUCGUGUAGGGGGUUUGUACCUUUUCAAUGAAAAUGAAGGCGACGGAGCUUUCUUCUUGCCGUUUGGCCCCUAAAAAAUUCUCCCCAAAAACUUUCGUGUUCAAGUUUCCGUUAGGAAUUGUAAUUGUUGUCUUGUAACGUUUCUAGACGGGACUCCAUCCUUGAGACGACGUGUAGCUACUAACAAAGUUCGUCUCCCGAUGCUGAAUUGGACGCCAAUAUCAUCUCAGUCGGAUGCAACAGCAUUCUUUAAGGUACGUCUAUUUCUGACACAUUUUGGCCAAUCACAACCAAAAUUUAAAUAUAGACACUAAAGUAACUCGUAAUUGUUCCGAACCAGUUUAACCAGUAGCUUUUCUAUAAGCCACAGGGCUGCUACAGUUUGAAGCGAUUUAAAGGUGUCAUUCCUCCCUGAGACAGAAGAUCUUCUGUGAUUUUGGAAUUGACUGUUCCCAACAAAAACGGGAUCCAAUGAACGGUAGAAAUUGAGCCUAGUUAGACACUAACAUUGUGAGUAGAAAAAUUUGUCAGGGACAAAGAGCAAAACGCUUAAAGGGGUUUUCAAAGAAUAAGAACCAAGCUAAUGAAAUACACGUUUAGAUAGUGUAAUCUCUCGGCUUAGAAUUCGUUACUCCGAUAAACCUUCCUCUUGCUUCAUUUCUGGUUUUUAAUUUUUGUUUUCUCGUCACCUGUAACAGGGAAUUAGCGAUGAGGAAGUAAUGGAAGUUCUUGACUUUGCCGAUUUUGACCGAAAAUUUGAACUGAAAGUAAAUGAAACCUCUGAGGAUCUCAUCGCCAAAAAGGAGCAAGGUACUAAAAGAGACCUCGCUAAAAACAGUUUGACGAUCUAAUUAUAACUUUUCGCAAAUUUGAGAUGGCUUGACUUUGAAUUUUACUGUGAUGACGAAAUUCUAAGAAAAAAAAUUAUUACUUCAAGUUCACAUAAAAUUCAAAACUUAAAAGCAACUUAUUACAUCAACUCGGUGGUUUUCAUUUACAUGAAAUAUUUGGGGUUGACCAUCUUCAUUUACAUCAUCAUUGCACAAAAGCAUCACAUAUCGACAUUUCUAUCCUUGCAGUUUGCAGGAAGUUUGUUACCAUGAAUGUAGUUAAACGGCUUAGCUUGCCACGAGUCUCCCAAAGCUCAGUGGUACCGUAAUAGAAAGGUCGUAGAUCUGAAACCUAUUGGGGGAACUCGGAGUUCUUUUUUCCGAGUACUCUUGUGUCACUCACCGAAUAACAUCAUCUUUCACAUCAUUUUGUAUGGAGGUAAAAUUUCUUUCACGUAACUCAACAGCUUUGAAACGAGCCGCAGAACAGAUCACAGUUAUCGAACCUAAAAGGGCAAGAAACCUCGGUAAGGAGUUGUAAAUAGCAUUGCUUUUGUUUCACUCUUGUUAAAUGAGGGGUUGAGGGGAGGGGUGUUUUAUGCAAUUUCACAUCGCUUUGCUUUAUAUGCUCAAACACUGAACAAUAUUAAGUACCAAUUUCACAUUUCCGGAUGAGGUGAGAAAAAUUACCAAAUAAAUAACUGUCAGGAUGGUCAAUAAUGAUACAAACGUGUAAAGUUUACUUUAUUUUCGUUCAAAUCUCGUUUACUGUUUGGUUCUUAUGCAGUUAUCGCACGGCGCCGUAUACAGCACUCUACAGAAACAAUUGGUCAUCUGAUCGACCAAUGUGACUUGGUUGAACUGCCACCUGAACAUGCUGAGUUACUCCUCAAGUUUGUACCAACUAAAGCAGAGGUGAGCACAGCCAUAACAUGUGUUAGCUGUAUAGCAGGUCAAACCAUCUGUUUGAUGAAAGAAAGAUGAACAAUUUGCAAAUAAUUUUUUUCUAUUUGUUUUUUUAGUUAUUUCCUCCAUUCAAAAGUAUAACAAGGUUGCUUCUGUUGAUAAAAAAAUAAGUAUUGAUAUCGCGCAUUGGAAAAUGCAAAUGAAGUUAUUUGUAGCGAAAGAUGUGGACACUUGUUGAUGAAAAAAAAAAUGAAAUCUCAAUGCAAUCUUGCUCUUCUUUUUAUAACUGAAGGUCUUCAAUUAUUUUCUUUUUUGUUAUCCGUUUAAUUUUAGUUGGCAGGACUGGCUAAGCACGCGAGUGAGUAUUUCAAGCUGGCUGAAGCUGAACAAUUUCUGUUUGAGGUGAGAGAAUAAGUAGAUCAAACUCUUUUUCAAGAACGGGUUGGUAGAGGGGUUUGCCACACUGCAAUUAAGAGUCCAGCUAUUGGGGCUAUCUGGGCUAUUGGGCUGUGUGUUGCUUCUUAGGUAAAAUGAUUCAAAAUCACUGCACAAGGUUCUGAUUUUAUGCCUUGACUUUGGUACAUAUCAUGCUUCAGUGUAACGCGUUUCUCUCAUGAUCCUUUGUAAAUGGUCGUUCUCCCAUGUGAAAUGGUCAUGUUCCUUCAUGCAGUAAGCUCUGGUUAGAAUCUCGACAUCUGUUCACUUACUACGACUUUAUCUUGAUCAGUUCUUCUGAAGUGCCUCUCACACUAGUAACCAUCACCUAAGAUUUGCUUUAACUGUGCACAUAAUUUUGAGCAAGAAAAAUCGCUUUCGGAUCAGAAUAUUAUGCCACCUUUAAACUAGUUUCCAUCUAUAUCAUUUUAGUGUAAAUUUUUUCAUGAUUUUAUUUGAUGAACUGUCUGUAAUAAAAUUAGGACAGACCUUGUUAGUGUAAAUCAGUUAGCUCUCUAUUAUUUGAUUAAGAAGCUAAGAGUUUUUUUCCCCUCACAGAUUGCCAAAGUGGAAAGAUACGAAGCUAAGCUGAGUGUCAUGGCGUUUAUUGGUGUGUUUGACGAACUUAUGAGAACUGUUUUACCGGUGAGCCAUUAUUUUAGAUUGAAGUGACUCAGAGAAAUUAACACUUGCUAUAAGCAAUUCAGAACUCGUGAUAUUCUGUAGGUAAUUAAGUGUUAACAACUGGGUUGAAAACGUAAAUUAGCCACCGUAAAGGGUAAAAAAGCUGACGUUUCGAGCGUUAGCCCUUCGUCAGUCGCUUUGACUAUACUCUCCCACCGACGCAGCACCACAGUUUCUUUAGAAACUUACCCCUUUAUUCAUUCGUGAUAUUCUGUACUUGACACGUCAUGUCAGGUUUUCAACACCGGGCGAAUGUGGGUUUGUCCUCUCCCCAGGUAGGCUCACCAAAAACUGAUAGAUAUACAAUAUGCAUCAUGCACAUGGCGUUAAAUUAAAACAUAUGGUACAUGAGAGUACAUAGCAAUUCCUUUCUAGAUAUUAUAGUUUGUUUAUCAGUGGAUCAUGCUUAAUCUAUCUUUUCAUUUUCAUGAUUUCUUUUCAGCAAGUGGACGCAAUUUUGAGAGCGGCGACGUCUAUAGUCAACAGUGCGAAACUCAAAAAGUUAUUUAAGGUGAAGCUUUAGUUAUAGUUACAUACUUCCUUCUACAGAUUUUCCUGCUGUUAAAUAAUGGAGAACUAGUGUUAUAACAUCGUUAUUUACUUCCGUUUCAGAUUAUACUUAUAUACGGCAACUACAUGAACAGCAGCCGAAGGGGAUUGGCUUAUGGCUUUAAACUGGAAUCUUUGAGCAAGGUAAGAUACGGGAAUUCUCGAAAUCAAAUCGACAAUUUCUUUCACAGUUUCCUCUUUUUUAAGUGCCAUUAAGACUGGCUCAAACGUACGACGCAAAUUAAAACGCAAGGAAAUAUUCGUGUGAAUUGCAAUAGUGCAAAUGUAAGUGCACUUGCCGAUGUAAGAAAUGAGGAAAAAAUAGAGAGAAUUUGAUUUGAGAAUCGAAAGUCCUCCUGUAUUGUUUCAGAGGUACCUUAUUUGUUAAUUUCAGCUGGAAGACACUCGUACUACAGACAGAAGGCAGACAUUCCUCGCUUACAUAGUGGAUGUAGUGCACAAGAAGUUCCCGGAAAUAAAAGAUUUCGCCGAAGAAUUGUUUCUGGACGGAGCAACCACAGGUAAACAUUACAUUCAGUCACCAAGCUACGAAGCCUUUCCAGCCCAAUUAAAUCAUAUUACAUCCAUCCCGCCUUCCCUUGGAAUUCGAAAUUCCUCUUCCAACAACUUAGCUGUGAAGCCACACUUUAUGUUUCAAGUCAAUCAAGAUCUCUUUUUCCCGGCCUUAGAAAGAGUGGAAUAACACCACAUUCGAAUUGUUGAUUAUUUCAAAGACUGUUUAUUUUUCUCUUCAGUCUCCAUGCAGACCCUCGCGGCAGACGUGCAGGGAUUGCGGAAAGGCCUGGAUCUGACAAAGUCAGAGAGAGACAAACAACCAGAUAAUUUCAUUAUAUUCGUAUCCUUUGUCUCCAUCAUUGCUCGUGAUUUAAUUUGCUUUGGCCCUUUAUAGAAAUACUUAACCCUUUACGCCUUAACAUCAGUACACGUAUUCUCCCUACUGUUCCCUGUACAUUUUUUACGGUGCUAUUAAGGAGAAUUUUUUCAACCAUCAAGAGCUUCUUUGGUGAUCAUUUCCUUUAUUCUUGUGACUGUAAUAUGUGAUCCGUGGAUAAUAUUUCAAGGAGAAAUUAGAUGCCAGUCACUCUUAGGGGUGAAAGGAUUGACCUGACCGGAGUGUGUGAUUCAGUACGAUAGGAAGGAGCUUACUCUCACGUGGCCCUAAAACGACAAAUGAUAGUUUUUCUCGCCCUAGCAGAUCACUUUAGAGACCAAAGCUCUCUCCAUGGCCUACCUUUAGUACCGUGACAAAUUUUAAUGAUUGAUUUCAGUGACUAAUGUCGAUGCUGAAAUUAAAAAAAUUACAUUUGAUUGCUUAUCCGUGUACUUGUAUGCAUUUCUUAACAUGCUUGAUUAUUCAGACAUUCUACAAUGCGGCUUUCAAGAAAGUCCAGCGCGUUACUGAACGCUAUCGUAAGGUGGAAGAGGUUUAUGCGCAGGUAUGCACGCUAUUUGGAGAAAAUCCUCGAGUGGUAGAACCUUCGGACUUCUUCAAGACCUUCAUUGAUUUCAUUGCGAACUUCAAGGUAUUGGAAUAUCAAAGAAUGACUUUUAUGUUCAGUUAUGGGUUGUAAUGGAGAAAGAAUCCUAACUUUAUCAGAAGAAACAAUUUUUCGAAUAAGGAGCUAGGCAGUAGAAAAUAGAGAGGUAUAUUUUAAUUGCGCAACAGACGUUUGUGACAAGUUUAAAUGGCUUAAAGGCAUUUGUGAGUCUGUCAUCAAAGCCCAACGUGAAUAAAGUCGUACAUAAUUAUUGUAAAGAUUCGACGGAUGAAGAAUCCUUCAGACAACACCUUUAUCGGCACAAAUUUAACUGGGACCAUGUACUGUCCACCAACGCUUUUUUUUUUUGAUGAUGAGGUUGUUUGACGUUAUGAUUACUCAUGUUGUAUUGCCUCUUAUAAACUUUCUUUAACAUAUUUGAAAACCUGAAAAUCUAAGAUUUCGAAGGUAGAUGGGAACUCCAAAGGGGUAAAACACUACCAAAAUUCGAGAUCGCGACACACACAGUACUAAGAAUGACGCACCUGAAAGCGUCAGCUGUAGACACUUGUGGCUAAUUUACAUUAUCAACUCAGUUAAUAAAACCAACUUAUCUUGUUAUACCCCUCACUGACGCAGCACCACAGUUUCUUUAGAAACUUAACUCCUUUGUUAAUUUGUCUGAAAUUGGUUGAGUUAGGAUGACUUUAAGCGCGUAGGUUUAUCAGGAGCCUUGCAGCCCUAUGCUAUGACAUCAGUUUUCUUUCAAGGGAGAGGCAAGAUAUAACACGCAUGUCCUUUCGUCCUAUCAAUUUUUUCAUAACACCUCUCCGAAGUUGUUAGUGGGUCCUCUCCGAACUUGAUAGCUGCGUCCAAAUGCUCAGCUGAUGUUGCAAAAAAACCACAUGGCUUACGUUGAGUAAUAUAUGCUUCCCUUUUUAUACUUUGUAUGCUUUGAUUUCUCCUUCUCGUAGAAAGCUGUGAGGGACUUGGAAGAACUAAAGCGACAAGAGGAUGCAGAGGUCAAGUUGAGGCGCAUGCUCAGUGAAGAGGACUCAGCUAAGGCGCGUCUCAAAGUUGCGAAUGCAGCUGCUAGUGAAGGUCAGCGGAGAUCUUUUUACAACCAAAACAACCGGUUUUUGUUGACGUGAGACAAGCUAUAGCAGGAGAAAGCAACGGAAAGGAGAUUAUCAAGACAGAGACGCGUUGAUGUGAUUUUGUACAGUCAUUUUCGUCGUUGAAGAAAACUAUGACUGCGAUUAAAAUUGCUAUGAUAAUUUAUAUCUUUUGAAUAAUUUAUACAUUAAAAAUAAUCUAUUCUAUCGGGAGAAAAUAUUUUGUUAAAGCUAUAAGCGUUAUUUUUAAUGCUGUUUAAACAUUUUUUCUUUCAACUUUUAUAAUUUGAUAUUUUUAAAUGCAAGAAGUUACAGUAUUUAUAAUUUCUAUAGUCGUCAAACAAAUGCCCUAGCGUAUUACUUCGGUGGAUGUUGCUGUUACGUAAUCCUGCCUUCUUUAGAAUUAACUCACAGACAGUCUUUGCUAAAAAAAGGUCGCUUUUUCUAAGGGCUAUUUUGACCAUUUUGUUAUAGUUCGUGUGUAGGACUCGCCAGUUAAACUUGGUUUUCACUAGCAACGGAAACACGAGCGUAACCACAAACGUAACGAUGUCAGCUCUUCUUUCAACGUGAAAACAGCCGCGACGCAAGCACAAGGAUCGCAAUUUUUUUUUGUCUCGCGCUCAUGGUUGCGUCGAGGCCGUUUUCACGGUGAAAUAGUACGUGUUAUUCUUGCGUUUGUCGUUAGUGAAAACUAAGCUUAGGAUAACAUUGUUCACUGUUUGUAUUCACAAGAUGUAACUUUUUUUAAUCAAAUACCAGAUCGAGUUAUCCUCGGGUUUGUAUUCGAAUAAUCCCUUUUGUAGAUAUUUUAAAAAACAUCCUUUGAGGAAGUUUACACAUUCGGUUUUUUCUUAUAAAGAAGUAAUUUAAUCAUGAACGGUCUUCCCUUUCAUCGGAAGCAUUCGGCUUACAUAAAAUAACCGCAUUGUAAAUAAAGGGAAUUGGUGUGGAAAUCCCUGACUUGGAAUUAAAGUUAAAAGUAUCUCGUAUGUCAUUAAUGGUGUUCUGAAUUAGUAACGUUGUUAUUGAACUCUUUAAGUCUCAAGAGAGACCAAGACAAAAUUUCUCCUUUUGGGAAUGAGAUGGUUAAUGACUUUUCCUUCUUUACAGUUACCGUAACGUCUGAAUUUGUCUUUGGAGAAUGUAUCGAUUAUGGGGGACAACUCUUUAAAUGGGUAUCGGAAAGAUUCGAUAAGUUAGGCCAGUUAAGCUCAUCUCGAGAAUCCUGUGAUUACAAACGCAAGAGCUUUGUUUGUUUUUCUCGCAAGUUCCUGAAUUGUCUGCUGAUCAGCUCAGUGCUGCAACAACCACCAAGAAAAAGCGGUUGAAUAGACAUUGAAUUGCUUCCUUGUGCCUUGCUUGAUGUUUUGAAAAUAUCCCAAGUAGCGGAACGUACAGUGUUUUCAAUCUCUCUAUGUCAAUUAUUUGCACAUUCCAGGAU